CUUCUAUGUUUAAGGGUCCUGUAAAAGAGAUCUUUUAGGGAGAUAGGAACACAGUACUAUUCAAGAAAAAACUGCAUAUUAUCACACAGAUAUAGCUGUUAAAGAAAUCAAGAAACAAUGUUGUUAUUGAAUAGCUUAUCCUUGUACUUUCUCCCCUUACUCUUCUUUAUUUUGUUCCUUCACAAGUUCUUCUCCAAAACUACUCACAAAAACCUUCCACCUUCGCCACUGAAGCUCCCUCUUCUCGGGAACCUCCAUCAACUUGGCCGGUUUCCCCACCGCUCCCUCCGCUCGCUAGCUAAAAAAUACGGACCACUUAUGUUGCUUCACUUUGGCAAUGUGCCGGUCCUUGUUGUCUCCUCUGCUGUUGCAGCCCGCGAGAUCCUGAAAACCCAUGAUCUGGCCUUUUUGAGCAGACCUAAACUGAGCAUUGCUAGUAGACUUCUAUAUGACUUAAAAGACGCGACAUUCUGCCCCUAUGGUGAGCACUGGAGGCAGGUGAGAAGCAUAUGUGUCCUUCAUCUUCUAAGUAACAAGAGGGUCCAAUCCUAUCGCAAGGUGAGGGAAGAAGAAACAGCCCUUAUGAUGGAUAAGAUCAGAUCACACUCUUGUUCUUCUUCCUCCUUGGUAAAUUUGACUGACGUGUUUGUGUCACUCACAUACGGUAUAGUGUGUCGGGUUGCCUUGGGGAGGAAGUACGAUGGAGCGGGAGGAGGGACAAGGUUUAAGGAGCUUUUGGGGAGAGUUGUGGGGCUUAUUGGUGUUUCCAAUGUGGGAGACUAUAUCCCAUGGCUUGCUUGGAUUAAUGGUGUCAGUGGAUUGGAUGCUAAAGUGGACAAAGUUGCUAAAGAGAUGGAUGAGUUUCUCAAGGGAGUCGUGGAAGAACGUUUCAAUCGAAAUAAAGGACACGACGACGGUGGGAGUAGUAGGAGCUUUCUGGACGUUCUGCUGGAAAUUCAGAGAGACGACGUAGGUGGCUGCUCUGCUGUUCGUAAUGAUACUGUCAAAGCCCUCAUAGUGAACAUGUUUGUUGCUGGAACUGAUACAACGUUCACAGCUCUAGAGUGGACAAUGAUGGAGCUCUUAAGACACCCACAAAUCAUGAAGAAACUGCAGAAUGAGGUGAGGGAUAUAGCCAGAGGCAAACUAAAUGUAACCGAGGAUGACUUAGACAAAAUGCAUUACUUGAAAGCAGUAGUGAAAGAAUCUUUCAGGCUCCACACCCCCGCUCCAUUACUGAUUCCGCGGGAAUCAAUCCAAGAUGUCCACAUAAUGGGAUAUGACAUCGCGGCUGGCACAGAAGUGCUUAUCAAUGCUUGGGCGAUUGGAAGAGACCCGUUGUCAUGGGAAGAUCCCGAGGAGAUGAGGCCAGAUAGAUUCUUGAAUUCUUCAAUAGAUUUCAAAGGGCAGGACUUUGAGUUAAUCCCCUUUGGUGGUGGCCGGAGGGGUUGCCCAGGUACCCCUUUUGCUGCGAAUGUGAAUGAGCUAGCGCUAGCGAAUGUUUUGCACAGGUUUGAUUUUUCAUCACCUGAAGGGGAAUGUUCAGAGGAUAUGGACGUGAGUGAAAUCAGUAGUAUAACUAUUCGGAAGAAAACCCCUUAUUGUGGUUGCAACUUCCUACUUUUGCUAGUUUCCUAAAGGGACUGAAUGCUCUUUACUAACUGUCACCAACAGUCCUGUUAGAAUAAAUGCAUCUACAAGAUAAUAUCGUGAUCAUAUUGUGAUAUUGAGAUUGUGAUUUGAUUGUAAUUGAUUACGAUUUUAUUAUAAUUGGGAUGAUUUCCUUCCAUAGUUAGGCUCCUUCCUCUUGUAUAAAUAAAGGCCUCAUUGUACGGUUUCUAUAUCGAAGUCAAUAAAAUA